AUGCGCGACCUCCGCAGACAGGCCCUUGAGAGCCACAAGACAGUGUCGCGCAAAGCCCGCUCACGCGUCGUAUCUACUGCCUCGUCCGCAGCCAACUCGCCCGCGCAGUCGCGCGCUGCUAGUCGCAACCCCAGUCGGCAGGUCUCAGACGAUGACGAGGGCGAUCUUAGCGACGGCACAGCCUGGAGCACAAACUCCAUCGACGAGAUUCUCAACGGCGAAGAUGUCGACGUUCCCGAAGACGCGUGGAAGGCGGAGCUCAAUGUCCGCAUUGAGCAGAUCACCAACCUCAAGCGCAGCAGCACCGAAGGGCGCGCCGAUAGUCUAAUCGCCUACGCGCGUAUACUCAUGGCGCGAUAUGCAAAGGAUGUAGUCGAGGGACAUGUGCACGAGCUGGUGCCGUCGAUGCUUAGGAGCAUCAGACAGGAGACGACUGAGCGUGAGGCCGUAGCAGCCCUCAAAGCCCUCACCGUCACCGUAGUGACCCUCGACUCCGACAUCAUAUACGACGAUGUUGCCGACCAGCUCAGGCGAUCGAUAGAAUCAUCCGAGUCUGUCGAGAUACAGGUCAAUGCGAUUCACGCUCUCGGUGUGGCUGCCUUCUUCGGCGGAGCGGGCGAGGACGACAUCCUAGACAUCAUGACUCUAUUCCUCGCCAUCAUCGAGACAGAUGGCGCUUCCGUCAAUGCGCAAGAUGAAGGCAAUGUGGUCGUUGCCGCACUUGAAGAGUGGGGUCUCCUCGCGACGGAAAUUGAGGAUUUGGAGAAUGAGACCGAGGCGGCCAUCGAAGCCUUUGUGGAACAACUGGAAAGUGCCGAUGCUAGUGUGCAGAUAGCUGCGGGCGAGAACAUAGCUCUGCUGUACGAGAAAUCCUUCACCAUCCAAGAAGAGGAUGAACAGGUUGCGGACGAUCAGGAUCCCGACGAUCCAGAGCAUACAAAGGACGGGCCAAAGAUGGUCAAUCGAUAUCAGGUCUACCGAAGACAAGACAAACUUUUGCAUACCCUCGAAGAGCUCGCCAACGUCUCAACACGCCGGAUUUCGAAGAAAGAUCGCAAGACACUCCACUCGUCAUUUGCAGAUAUACGCAACUCGGUGGAAAAGCCGACACGUGGACCUAGCUACUCAACGGCAAUCGAUCAAGAAUCCGGGAAAGCAUACGGAGCGGGCAGAAUGAAGGUCAGGAUCAACCGUAAUCUUGAAGUGCGAAUCGACAAGUGGUGGAAGUUACAGAGGCUGAAUGCGCUACGGAGAACACUACAAGGCGGCUUCACAUAUCACUACGAUCAAAAUGAGCUUGUGUCUACAGCUCUACCAUUCUCCAUGGCUAGCAAACGGUAA